AUGGUCCCUGUCGUAGUAAUUCUUGACAUAAUUGUCCCUGUCGGAGUAAUUCACCGCUUCCAGAAAUGCGGCCACAACGAUGCUUCUCAUCGCGGUAGAGUCGUCUUCGGCAAUGAGACCUACCACAUCAAGUCUGUCAUGAACACGACAGGGCUCAGCAACGUGGACGUCGACCUUCAUGGCACUCUUCUGUGGGACAAAAACAUCCCAUACUGGCUCAACCACAGUCUCCCAGUCGGCUACCAAAACCAAUCCUCAGCAUGGCUAUUCGGCGGCGAGAACAUCAGAUGGGACGGUUUCGGCUACGGCACACUUGACGGCAAUGGUCAGGUCUGGUACGACUUCAUCAACGGCACAAACAACUACCCAGGACGACCACAUCAGAUCACCAUCACCGGCACCACUUCUAGCGUCUUCGAGCGUACCCGCUUCGUGCAAAGCCAAAUGUGGACCAUGACAAUCAUCCACUCCUCCGAUAUCCUGCUGGAAGACAUCUACAUCAACAGCACCGACACCAAGCAAGCCGUCGGCUUCGCCUUCUCCUCCCUGAACACCGACGGCGCUGACACGAUCUAUGCUGACAAUAUCAUGUUCCGCGGCUGGACCGUUGACAACGGCGAUGACAGUAUUAGCACAAAAGCUAACAGCACCAACAUCCUAAUGGAAAAUUGCGACUUCUACACGGGCCUUGGUGUGGCCGUAGGCAGUAUAGGCCAAUACGAGGGACGCUAUGAAAUUGUCGAGAACGUCACUGCUCGCAAUAUCACCAUUAACAACAUGCGAUACGGCGCAUACUUCAAGACCUGGACCGGAGUCAGCAGCGGGUACCCACCCAACGGAGGUGGCGCUGGUCUAGGGUACGCUGCCAACAUUACCUUCGAAGACUUCACGUUGAACAAUGCGAGUGGGAUCUUGGCUGUGACGCAGUCCACGAGCUACAACAGUGCGAGCGGCAAUUGCGAUACGUCAGAGUUCAAUCUUCGAGAUGUCACGUUGAAGAACUGGGCGGGAACGACGACGUCGGGGGUGAUGGCGGAUAUUCAGUGCAGUGCUGCAAGUCCUUGUACGGGUUUUACGAUCGAGGAUAUGGGUGGGAUUGUUGAUACUGUUAACGCUACGAUCCCGGCGAUCUAUCUUUGCGAUAACGUGGUUGAUCCUGUUGGGUUUAACUGUACUGGGAAGCCAUGGGAGGAGAACCCGCGGAGGUAG